AUGGGGAAGCGGGAUAACCGGGUGGCCUACAUGAACCCUAUAGCGAUGGCCAGAUUGAGAGGCACAACUCAAUCUUCAGGCCCAACAAUUCAAGACUAUUUGAACAGACCAAGGCCAACUUGGGAAGAAGUGAAGAAACAGUUAGAAAAUAAAAGGAAAGGCUCCAAGGCUUUAGCUGAAUUUGAAGAAAAAAUGAAUGAAACUUGGAGGAAAGAGCUUGAAAAAAGCAGAGAAAAAAUAUUAAAAGGAAAUGAUGACACAUCUAAAAAAGAACGAAAGAAAAAGAAAAAGAAGAAAUAUUGUCGAUCUUCACCUUCAUCUUCUUCCAGCUCUGAUACAUCAAGCAGUUCCUCGGAUUCUGAAGAAGAAAAGAAACAUGGAAAAAAGAGGAAAAAAAAGAAGAGCCAAUUGUACAAAUCAUCAGAAGCUUCUACAUAUGACUCAGACUCAGAAAGGAAGCAGUGUCUAAAGAAGAAAAAGAAGUCCAAGGAUGAAACCGAUGAGGAAAAGAAUAUGAGAAGCUUCAGGAAAAAAAGAAAGAAGGCUUACCUUGAGGAUCAUUGCUCAUCAUUGGAAUCUUCAACAGAAUCAGAUUAUGAAGAGAUGAAAACAAAAAAGAAGAGAAGACGUGAAGAGGAAGAAAGGGCAAUGGAAAAAGCAAAGAAGAAAAAGAGGAAGCAUAAGAAACAUAGCAAAAAGAAGAAAAAGAAGUCUGUUUAA